AUGGCGGACACCACCAGCAGCAAGAAGAACAUCGCAGUAGUAGUAGGCGGCUACUCAGGCGAGUAUGACGUAUCCAUCAGCACCGGCGCGGCCAUCUACACCAACGUCGACCGGUCCAGAUACAAUCUCUAUAAGAUCGUCAUCCCCCGCGACCCCAAGGCGGCGUGGUACCACUUGACCGACUCUAGCCAAGAAAUCCCCGUGGACAGGAAUGACUUCAGCGUCACCCUCCCCUCCUCUUCUGGUUCUGGCGAAAACAAUCAAAAAAUCAAGUUCGACCUAGCCUACAUCUCCAUCCACGGCAAUCCCGGCGAAAACGGCGUUUUGCAAGGCUACUUCGAUAUGCUCGGCCUCCCCUACACUUCUUGCGGGUUCUACGCCUCCUCGUUGACAGCCAAUAAGGGACAUUGUAAUCCCGUAGUGCGCAGCUUUGGGGUCGUGGCGGUGGCCAAGUCCCGGCUGCUUCACCGCACCCAAGUCAGCAGUUUUGACGCCGACGCCCUCUUGCGGGAAUUCGAGCUGCCCGUCUUUGUCAAGCCCGCGUCGGGCGGAAGCAGCGUGGCCACCACCAAAGUCAAGAGCCGCGAGCAGGUAGUCCAAGCGGUGGAAGACGCCAUGCGCGAAGACGGCAACGGGCAAGUGUUGGUGGAGGAGUUCAUUGCCGGUCGGGAGUUCGACUGCGGCGUGAUUCGCGAUGCGGCGGGGAAGUUGCAUGUGUUCCCUAUCACUGAGGUGAUCCCCCACGGUGAUAGCGAGUACUUUGACUACAACGCCAAGUACAACGGGUCGUCGAGCAAGGUGACGCCUGCGGAAGUGGAGGAGGAGGUUAGCGAUCGCAUCAAGGAUGUGUCGGCGCAGCUGUACGAUCUGCUGGAUUGUCGCGGCGUAGUACGCUUCGAUUAUCGGUAUGACACCGACAAGAAGCAGCUGUACUUCCUCGAGGUCAACACGAUACCGGGCCAGACGCCGGAGAGUAUGGUGCCGCAGCAGGCGAGAGCCGCGGGUAUCAGCAUUGCUGAGCUCUAUCAUAUGGUGAUCGAAGGUGCCCUGGCGGCGGCGGCGGCAGCAUCGCGAUGA